AUGUACGUCCGAAUCUUUCAAAGGGGAUUAGCAGUUGUUGCAAAACAUAGAAACUUUCGAAUGAAAGCUAUAGCAAAACUUUUGAGUGAUUCGAAUUAUGAUAUUGUUACUCUACAAGAAGUUUGGGUCGCCAAAGAUUUCACGCUUCUCAAAGAAGCAGUGAAGGAAACCCUUCCUUAUAGUGCUUAUUUUUACAGUGGUGCACUAGGUAGUGGUUUGGCUAUCUUGUCAAAGUUCCCAAUUAUUUCAACUUCUUAUCAUCGUUAUACAUUGAAUGGCAAACCACUCAAACUAUUGCAUGGUGAUUUCUACGUGGGGAAAGGUGUUGGCUCUAUUCUUGUCAAUCAUCCAGUAAUAGGGCUUCUAGAAGUGUUCACAACGCAUUUGCAUGGUGGCUAUGGACCCAAAGACAUAUAUAAAGCACAUAGAGCGACUGAAUGUUGGCAGCUUGCACAUCUGCUGAGAAGCUCUGCUGCUAUGGGAAGGCAUAUCAUUUUGUCGGGUGAUUUUAAUCUUAUACCAACUUCGUAUAAUUAUCGAUUAAUUAGCGACCAUGGGUUUAUGACAGACUCAUGGCUUCAGUUACAUGGUGAGCCUGAUCCUUGCAAAUUUCCACUAGAGUCUAUAACACCAGAUGUCUAUACACAGUAUUUUGGCUUUACUUGCAACUCACCAUUCAAUAACUUCUCGCGAUACUGGGAUGGUGGUAAAGACACAAAUGCGCGACAAUUUUUAGGAAAACGACUCGACUACAUCUUUUAUCGACAAACUACACAGUUCAAUUGCAUCGAAUCGAAGGUAGUCAUGACUGACUUCAUACCCAAUUCUCAAAUGAACUACUCUGAUCAUUUUGGUGUGGCAUCUGUGUUUGCAAUAUCACAUCCGGUACAAACAAAUGCAUCAUUAUCUCCCUCGUUAUCAACCAACCUAUGCCAUCCCAAUUAUACCCAACUCUCACCCACGCUUAUCGAUGAAGUAUUAGACGUAUUAAAAAAAGAUUUGCGACGAUCAAAAAAGGAAUCACAAGCCAUUCUCUAUCUAUUCUUUAUACUGAUUAUUGUGCAUAUUAUCUUUUACAUCUUACUGAUCGUGCUACCCUCCAUAUUAAGCCUUCGUUUCAACACAGCAGUGCCAACAAUUGUCGUUACUGUAAUAGAUGGUCUAUUGAUGACAGGAACAGGAUUUUUGAUACCAAUUUGCUUAAUUGUUGGAUUUGCGUUUGGACGAAUUGAACAGCGUUCACUUUUACAGUUCAUAAAUGAAGUUGAUGCAUUAAGGAGGAAUUUAUUAAUGCCUGAGAAUCAACAGCAACAACAAUUAGUAUGA